CUACUGUAUAGAUGUGUAGCUUCUAACUAUCUCUGUCUAUCUACCUAUCUGUCUGUGAUGUGAGUAUUUAAGGAGGACAAGUUUCAGCUGUGGGUUUGUUCACUUGUACAUCAUAGGUGCAAAAAAAAGAGAGAGGGGAAAAAAAAAAAGCUUCCUAACCCCGCCCCUGUUAACAGGUUGUUAAGUCUGAGAGACUAUUCAGGAAGGAAUAUUUUUGUCAAAGGUCGAACACACCGGAAUGGCUGUUAAAAACUUUUGUCACAGUUUGGCUCAGGAUAGAAGUCCACAAACAAUUAAAAGUACAUUUAUUCUGCUGCUUUUCUUGACAUUCUUAGUGUCUGCCAUUGCUUUCGCCUGUGAUUUCUCUUUGGACACACUUUUCCCACAAACAUGGUUUACUAAAAUCAUGAAUCAGACUCAUUAUAAGGUAACUGAUGGCAUUUGGGCCGAUCAUAAUCAAAAAGAUACAUUAGUACCUUUACCAGGUCAACAAAUCCAAAACAGAGGUACAGCAAUUUAUUAUCACAUAGCUCAUCCAAGCAACUAUAAUUUCAUCCUGGAUGAACCUGAUAAAUGUGAGCAGAGUCCGUUCCUGGUCUUGAUGGUCCCUGUGGCGCCCAAUCAGUUAGCAGCUCGUAACGCCAUCCGGAGCACGUGGGGGAAUGAGAGCACAGUCCAGGGAAAAGCAGUGAUUACUCUGUUCAUAGUGGGUUUGACUGGAGGAUCCGACUCUGAAAAAGCUCAACAGCAGCUGGAGGAAGAGAGCCGACAACACAGAGACUUACUGCAGAGCAACUUUGUGGACUCGUACUUCAACCUGACCAUAAAGACGAUGGUGAUCAUGGACUGGCUGGCCACUCGUUGCCCUCAAGCGACUUUCAGUAUGAAGGUUGAUUCUGACAUGUUCUUAAACCUGGAAAACUUGAUGACCCUCCUAUUGUCACCCGACACACCCAGACAGAACUACAUCACUGGAAUGGUGAUGUGGAACCGGCCUGUCGUCAGAAACCAAAACUCAAAAUGGUACGUGUCAGAGGAACUGUACCCCGAACCGAAAUACCCCACGUACCUGCUGGGAAUGGGAUAUGUUUUCUCCAACGACCUGCCAGAAAAAAUAGUUGAGGCUUCCAAGGUCGUAAAGGCCUUUAACAUAGAAGACGCAUAUGUGGGUGCUUGUCUGAAACAGUUGGGCGUUGCACCCUCAUCCCCCCCAAACCCUUCACAGUUUAGAGCCUAUCUGGGACAAUAUAUACGAGAGGAUUUUUUCAAGGUCAUUACGACAAUCCUGGGAUCCCCACAGCAGCUAAUAGACAUCUGGAAGGACAUAAAGAGGCCCACAUAAAAGUACAGAAGCACAAACAAACAAAAAUGAGAAACACAGAUUUCUGUUUACAAAGAAAAGAAACAUGUCUAUUUAACACAACCUGUUAGCGAUACAUUCUGAUGGGCGUUGAACAUUUCACACAGAACACAUUCUUGAAGAGGAACGCAGCAUCUUGAGAUGUGUUUUUAAAGUUGAACUUCUUUUAACGGGAAACAGGGUUUUAAAAACACAAUGCUGAUGCACGAGAUGUAGAUGUCAAAAGUCCACAAAGUUUGUUUACAUAGAAAAACAAUUAAAAAGCAGUGCAAUGCA